CAAACAGGUUUAACUUACGAUGGGCUAGUUGAGCGAGAAAUGUUUUUCGUGGAAACGCCUCAAGGAAUAAAUUGUUGUAUUUGUUAAAAGCUGCUGGAGCUAUUUGGCAUACGGUAUACGCAAAGCAACUAAGAAGGGUCAUUUAUUAUUGCUGAUAAUUAAUAUAUUAAAAGUUUUAGGGUUAGAGCCCUCGUGACUAUAAUGAAUAAAAUGUUUUUAACCGUCGCAUUGCUUCUAAUCUUGAAUCAAUCUAUAAACGCGAAUGUGGUUUGCCCGAAUACUGAAGUUCUCACAGUUGGAUGUGCCAAGGUACCUGGGGAGUUGUGCGGUGUGGUUGCUGUUUGUAGAAGCGAUUUGGUUUGUACCGACCAUACAUGCCGAUAUCGUGAAGGGUUUAAUGCAACAGCAGGCAUCGAUAUCCGAUAUCUAGAAACACCAGGUUUUACAAGCUCUUACGAAAAUAAUCGGGAUUACUAUUGGAGCAUUAGCGCCCCCUAUGGUCGGGAG